AGGAAGAAGACUGGACAUCUGCUGCACCUUUGAAAGUGCGCUACUGUUAGUUAACCUAACUACAAUAGCUUAGGUAGCUAAACUUCUUAACUAGCUAUCGAUCGUUUUGACAAGAACCGCUAGGUAUUGUAGAUGGUUCGCUUGUUGCUUAUAUCGGUACUUAUUUUAUAACGUUAUCGAGAUUUGUUAUAGGUUAGUAGCUGGCUAGCUAACUAGGAUAGGUGCUAGUCAACAAAUUUAGUUAUUAGCUAGUGAGCCAUCUAGAUAUAUAGAUAGCUAAUGCUACGUUAAGGAUAAACCUCUUAGACUUACGGGACUGCUAAUAUGGAUAUAUCGUCUGACGAAGCAGACGACUGGUUUAUGGAGUCAUUACACAUCUACAGAGAUCUGCACGUAUUUCAGCUUGAGCAUCCGACAAAAGUAAUCGAGUGGACGGGUGAAAAAAGUAUAUGUGUAGCAGAUUACUCUUCUGCAAGGAAUGAAAUUUUGGAGCUCCUAUUGCCUUUGAAGCUAUAUGCUGGAGGUAACAAGGGCCUCUGUCCAGAGCGAGACUUUAAAUUGCAGCAUGGAGGAUUUUGUGAUGAACCUGUUGAAUGCCUGAGACAUAUCUUUGGGAAAAGAUGUGUGGUUACUAGUGGGCAGUACAGUUCCAAACUCCAGGUUUGGGACAUCGGAGAAGGCGAUAGUGAUAUUAUCAAGAGGACUGGAGUUAUAAACCCUAAAUGCCCGUCAGACAAAGGCAGAAAAAUAGCUUCUGGAGUGACAGAUGGUGCUUCUGUUCUACAUGGUUCUAGGAUCAAUGAUGUUCAACAGACUGAGUUAGUCUCAGGGAGAGUUCUUUAUGCAGUAGGAACAGAUUCAUUGGAUGCUGUGAGUGGUCUGCAGUUUGUGAAUUCCAGCACAUUUGUUGUUUGUGCAAACAAUGGCACCUUGUACGUGGGAGACACAAGAGAUCCAAGGAUGAAGCAUUAUGUUCUCCAUGGGAGUAUGAGUGGAUCACACUGGGUUUUUGCACUGAGAAAAGAUCAGCCCCAUUCAGACCCUGCUGCUUGCACUGUAGCAAGGCUCUCCUCUUUUGGUCAGGUUUUAGUGUCUGAUCUACGAAACCUGUGCAGUCCAGUCAGACAAGCCCAGCUUAACCUGCAGCAGAAUAUGGCCACCUGUGACUUUCUGAAUGUGACAUGGGCCCCUGUGCUGGACAGCUGUCUAGCUGUCUCAGGAUUUGAUGGAAAAGUACAUAUAUUUGACACAACUAGCUGGAGCACUGUCUCUCAGACACCGCAGCCUGUUUUUGUACAUCGGGGUCAUGACCUGUCACAUGAGGCAAAGACUGAUGGUACCCUGCUGGUUGUUACUACUCAUGUGUGGCAUCCAUGGCGACCAAGAACUCUUCUAUCAGCUGCUUCAGAUGGCUCAAUACAUGUUUGGGAUUGGGUAGACAAAAAUUUUGAACAUUUUUGAUCUUUUUAUUAUUUAAAACCACAAAUAUGUUGUUUGACUUUCACAUUAUUAUUGAGACAUGUUUAAUAAGUCUGCCUAAAUGCCAUUUCAGUAGCCCAGUAAAAUUUUAUAGAAAUAAAUGGACAUUGAAAUCUGAUUGAUUGAUUGUACCAUAUUAGUAAAACAAUGUAGAGGCCAUAGAGGCAUUUUUACUAGCAGGGUAUAAAACAAUUUGUUCAGUGUAUUUCCAACUGUUAUGCAUCUUUAUAAUUAGAGAUAAGAAGGAAGAGCAAGGUUUGCGAAGGAAAUCUUUCCACUGUCUUAAACUAUAAAUGACUGUUCCUAAUCAGUUCUUGUAGACAAUUAUGCAUAUGCUGGAAAAGAAUAUGUAGGCAACCUGCCUGUACUGUAUUCAUAGAACAGCAAAAUACAUAGGAACCUGAACUCUGACAGUUACUGAAUGUGUAAAUAAAAUAUUUGUGUGACUAUAUA